UUUGUUCUGAGAUUUUGAUGAGAAAAGUGAUUAGAUAUUUUUCUGUGUUGGUUGUUUUUUUAAUAUUUUCUCUCUCUUUUUCUCUCUCAUAUGGUUAAUGGUUUCUUCUCCCAAUUGAUCAUCACCUCUUUUUAUCAUCAAACAAUUAAAAUUGAUCCAUUGUUGUAUAAGUGUAGUAAUUUUCUCCCCCAGUGUUUCCAAUUGGAAUCAAGUAUUAAUGUGAUUAGAAAGAGAAAAAAAAAAUUUUUUCUUCUCAUUGAAUUUUGUUUGAAUCUUUCAUUGUGUCUGUGUUGAGUGUCCAACAUAAGUGACUUUCUUCUGACAGAGAGUUGGUCAUUUUUCUCCUUCUUCUAGCUUUUAAUUGUUCCACAAAAAUGGAGAAAAGAACAAAUCAAAACGAGACUAUGUUUCUCUUUUUUCUUCAUUGAUAUCAUUUGAAUGGUGUAUUUUAGUUAAUAUUAAACAUUGGAAUCAACAAUCACCACAACAACAAGGAGAGACAACAACAACAAUAACAAUAGAGAAUCACCUCAAUCUAGAUAAAUACUUAAUCAACGAAUACAACAUAAAUAUUUUCCAGAAUAUAUAUUACAUUCAGGAACCUUUGGUGUAAUCUGUUAAUCUCCAUGGUGAAUAAAAUGGUUCCUUAUUGUGAUUAGAUUCUAUGGAUUGGUUUCAAUUUUCUAUGUAAAUUCCAGUGUGGUUUUAAUCAUUUUGUGUGUAAUUUGUUUGUUUUAUAGACCAUUAUUGGAUUAAUAAUAAUAUUAUUACACCUCAACAAUCAACUUAAUCCAGUUUAUGUGUUAAAAAUCACCACCAUCACCAACAACAACAACAAUAUUAAUAAGAAAUGGAUAAGAUGAAAAGAGGAGGAUUCUUUCGGGGUAUGUUAGACAAUUGGAGAUACUCAUCAUCAUCAUUAGGAUCACAAUCAGGAUCAACUCAUCAUUCAUCUCGUGAUGACUCUAAAUCAACCUCCAAAUCUGAUUCUCCAUUAGCUGAUUAUGAGGAUAAUUUAAAAUCGGAACAUUUUCUCCUUAGUGAGAUUGUACGACAUGGUUUUCCUCAUAAUCCAACUUGCGUUGCCUUUGAUCCUAUUCAACGGCUAAUUGCCAUCGGUACUCGUAAUGGUUGUUUAAGAAUAAUUGGUCGACCAGGAGUUGAUAUAAAUGUUCAACAUAUUGGACAAUUUGCUGUUAUCCAGAUAAUUUUUCUAGUUAAUGAGGGUAAUUUGAUUACUCUUUGUGCCGAUGAUUCAAUUCACUUGUGGUCAAUUAAAACGAAAACCCCAUCGAUAGUUAAUAUUCUUAAAUUUCAAAAAGAACGGAUCACCUAUGCCCAUUUACCCUAUUCCUCGAAAUGGUUAUACGUUGGCACGGAAAGAGGAAAUGUACAUAUUGUUAACAUAGAUUCUUUUCAAUUAUCUGGUUAUGUUAUUAACUGGAAUAAAGCAAUUGAAUUAUCUCGAAAAACUCAUCCUGGAUCCGUGAUACACCUUUCCGACUGCCCAAUUGAUCCAAGUAAAUUGUUGAUCGGCUAUGAAUCUGGAACUAUUGUUCUUUGGGAUUUACGUUCAAAAUCAGCUGAUUCUCGGGUUAAUUAUACUGAACCAUUGAGAAGUAUUUCCUGGCACAAUGAGGGACGUCAAUAUCUUUGCAGUCACACUGAUGGUUCGAUAACAACUUGGAAUGUUAGAGCACCUCGACCCGUUUCGGUGACACUGCCUCAUGCCAAGCAAGUUACCAAAGAAUUGAAACCUGAACCAUGUCGACCAAUUUAUAAGGUUGAAUGGAAAACCGUUAGAGAUGCUGAUUCAUUUAUCAUUUUCUCCGGUGGAUUACCAUUUAGUUCCUUGGCGGAUGUUAAAUCCUCAACAAAUGUACCAACAGCAUCCGCAUCAACCCCACCAGUAACAACCACCUCAUCCACAGCCAAUAGUAGAGAAAAUAUUCUAAUAUCAGCAUCUUCUGGUUCAACCUCAUCUGAUUCUGGAUCUGAGUCACGAAUUAAAGUAGAAUCAAAUAAAUCAUCUGAUUCAAUGACCAGUGGUACUCAAAGUCUUACAGUUAUUCAUGGUAAGACAACUACAGUCCUUGAAAUGGAGCAUAAUAUUGUCGAUUUUAUUACUCUAUCAACGGGAACAUGUCCCGCUGAACCAAGUGAUCCCUAUGCUAUCCUAGUUCUCCUCUCAAAUGAUCUGGUCGUUGUUGACCUUACCAGUCCAGGUUACCCGUGUUUCCGUAAUCCAUAUACAAUGGAUCUUCAUGAGUCACCCAUAACCUUUUGCGCUUAUUUCGCUGAUUGCCCAACGGACCUGAUACCCGCCUUUUAUUCAGUUGGUUUUAAAACAAACCCAAAAAGACCAGGAAUCUCAGAAAAAGAAUGGCCAAUUAACGGUGGCGAAUGGGGAACAGCAACACCAAGUUACCCGGAAAUAAUAAUUACAGGGCAUGCUGAUGGAACCGUUAAAUUCUGGGAUACAUCUUCAGUUAAUUUGCACAUUCUUUAUAAAAUGAAAACUUCCAAAUUGUUCCAGAAACCCAGAAAUCGACCCAAUGAAAAUUCAUCAGCAAAUGAAUCAACCGAAUCACCUGAUGAUCCAUUUGCAAUCGAUCAGAUCAAAUUUUGUCCUGAAAGUCGUUUACUUUGUGUGGCUGGGGCAAGUUCCCAUAUUAUGAUUUUUAAAUUCAAUAAACAAGAGGCUCAUUCAGAUACACCGGUUAUUGAAGUGAUAAUGAAUUAUGAAUCGUCUAACGCUCAUGAUGAAUCUGGUGAUCCUGAAACUACUCAAGGAAUCGGUGGAUUACUCCGACCUCAAGGAUCUGGUGACGAUGGUAACUCAACUAGAAAUACAUUCUAUCCCUUACUGGUCAGGUCAGGUCAGCACAAACGAGUCCCCGGAUUUCAACCAGAAUUGGUGUGCCUUACCCCAUGGAUCGACGAUAACACUCCUCCCUUUAAAAUAACCUCUCUUGCUGUUAACUCUUCCUACUCUCUAAUCGCUUAUGGUAGUGAAAAUGGUUUAAUAAUUGUGGAUUUAAUUCAGAAAUCUUUGGUUUUAAACAUUGCCACAGCGGAUCUUUAUGCUACAGAAUUGAGAGAAACUAAUUGGUUAAGAAAGUCUGAAAAACUCCGUCUCAAGAAUCUGGUUAAUCCCUUGGUUGCUGCAUCACAAACGAUCAUGUCGGUAGCCAAAUCAUAUCGAGAUAAAAUUGAUAACUCAUUUUCCCGCUCAAGAAGUUCAAGUAUCUCAAGCUUGGAUAAUAUUUCCAAUGAACCCAUCCAGUGCCUAACAUUUGCUGAAUCGUACGCAACUAAAUCAGAAACAUCUUAUGGACCCUGUUUAUGGGUUGGUACCAAUCAAGGAUCAGCAUUAUCCGUAACAAUUACGCUUCCUGAAACAAAUGAUAAUCGUGUAUUAUGUUUACAAUCAGUCCUAGCAGUUUCCAGUGGUAACGUUUUUAGACUCAAGGGAUCAAUUUUGUGUAUAUCAUUUUUAGAUUACUCUGGAACCAUAGUGGGCCUAACAGAUUCAAAGACAGCAACACCAACCGGAUUAAGUAAAGGAGGUGGUGGUCCAGGUUCAGGGGUCGGAGGUGGUGGUUCAUCAGGUUUACCUGGUUCGGGAUCAACAACUGUAACGGGUAUUAUCAAUGCCGCUGGAAUUGAUGAGAAACGUUCUGGCUCUUUAACUAUAUCACGUUCAUCAAGUUCGGGUGCUGGUAAUUUUAAUAUAUCACGUUGUAAGGUUUCACCGACUUCCUCUUCAACCGAUAUGAAAGAUUCACAGUUCGUGGUGAUUGUUUCAGAGAAACAAGCUCGAACCAUUAGUCUACCAAGCCAAAUGUGUAUCGCCAAAGCCGAGCUGUCAGAAACUUCAUUCACAAUCAGAGCUGAUGUAAUUCAAAUGAAAUUUUCAGAAAAUGGUAACUGUAUGUGUUUGGUGACAUAUCUUGCAACCGGAAACAUUGUUGUCUACAGCCUUCCUAGUCUUAAACAAUUAAUUGAUAUAGAUUUUCCUUCAGUCAAUGUUAGAAUUGCUCGAACCAUUUCCUUUAGUACCAAUGGACAUGGAAUGUAUUUAACAUCCCCUUCGGAAAUUCAAAAGUUCACAAUAGCAUCUUCCCUGAGAGAUAUAAUUCCAGAUAUGGUUGGUAACCUUUAUGUUGUCAAAGAGAUGCCGGAACCACCAAAACAAUCAUUUUUCAAGGGACUAUUCAGUGGUGGACCAAGUAUCCUUGAUCGAGAGGAAUUAUUUGGUGAAGCUCAAUCCGGUAAAGGUUCAAAAGUAGUCGCUAAACUAAUUCCCGGUUCCCAAUCUGGUUUGGAUCAUGCAAAGCUACAAUCUGGGUCACUUGCUGCUGAAUUAGCUAAAGCAAGAAUGGGAUUGACAGAGAGAGGUGAAGCUCUCGAAAAGUUGGAAGACAAGACAGCUCGGAUGAUGGAUGAAUCUGAAGGUUUCCGAAAUUUAUCACGUCAAUUGUUGAACAAGUACGAGAACAAGAAAUGGUAUCAAUUUUAGAGAUGAAAAAUUCAUCAGUAACCUAUUUGGAAUCACCAUGAAGACGAAUGAUGGUGAAAAAGAUGAUGAUGAUGAACAUUUUUAUGACAACCGAUUCUGAGGAAUGAUAAUGAAUGGAAACUGAAAGCAAGAUGACGAUAAGAUAAUAAUAUUUAUGAUGGAACAAUUUUUUUAGAAAGAAAACAAAGAAAGGAAACAAAGAAAAAGUUCUGAUGAUAAUCAUGACACCCACACACCUACACAUCAUCAACAUUCAAACCACCACCACCACCACCUUUCACAUGAUGAUUAUGCACUUGGAUGAUUCAGUUAUUGUUCAGUUAUUCAUAUUUGAUUGGAAAUCAUAAUGAUAGUGAUGACAAAAUGAACAUGACAACAAACUUUUCCCCUGUUGAAAUCUGUUGUUAUUGGUCAACAUUUUGAUUAUCAUUAUGAUUAACUAAUUGUGAUCCCAAUCAUGCAAACAAUCAAUCAACUCUCACUCACUCACUCUCUCUCUCUCUCUCUCUCUCUAUCUUUUAAUAUCUUUGCCUGUUGUAAUGGAUUAGUUUUAAAAAAACAAAAUUGUGUCAAAUUGUUAUUAUUCAUGAUCAAAAUGAUUAGUGAUUAAAAUGGAUUGAUUAUUUGUAUUAUUAUUGUAA